UCACACAGACCAAUCCGCUAGAGAAAUGUCAGAGCAGACGGCACACCCUCCUUUGUUCAAAACCAAUCAGAGUGGAAGUGUGGCAUUUUGCCCGAGGGGAAAACUUACCCCUGGAUGAGUUAAUUACGCAUCACUUAGCUGUUGCCAAUGUGUUCACAACGGUGGACCCUCUUUUGGGCUUUUUACAACGAUUGUCUUCAUUUUUCGGUCAAUCUAGUAUGGAAAGUAGACAACAAUGGCUUACCAGGCUGAAAAAUGAACUUAGCAACAGUCCUCUGGUAUCAAAUGUGGCUUUUGGCUUUAUCCUCAUGGGACUAGAGAAGCUGGUGGAGCUGGAGUUUGAGUGUCCUUGCAACCCUACAUGGAACGGAGUGUUUUCAUCAGCAUUCUUCAUCAUUCCUGCCGUCAUGGCCUUCACCUUGAUGCUGAUCAUUCAAGGAUGCAGAUGUGAUACGUGGUGCAGGAAAACUGUUUCCCUCUCCAGUUUCGUUCCUGCUAUCGUGUGGCUGAUUUUGUUGUUCCUCGAUGGCCAAUACUUUGCUUGUGCUAUGACAGACUGGGAGGGUAGAUUUGUACUAGUUGACAAGGCACCUCCGCAGAAGUGGUGUGAGCCAACUAGUGAGGGAGAUGUCACCCCACAAGAACUAAUGCUCCGCUCACAGCAGCUGUUUGUUUUUUCUCAGGUUAUAGGCAUAGUCCUCCUCAUUUUCAUCUGUGUGGGUCUCGUAGUGUAUGUAAUCAGAGAAAGCUGCCAACAAGAGGUGGAGAUGCAGGAUGCAGAUGUAGCCGAGCUCACUGUGCUUAGGAUGAGCUCUCUACGGACCAGGACAUCAUGAGAGGACUUACACCGCCCACUACACCUGCCCUGCCGGCAUGGACACUUUGUAAAUACCUUGAACAGACUUUACUAUGACUUUUCAUAACUAUUGUCAAUAAGUGUCGUUUGAAAGUAUUUUCCCAUACAAUACAAAAUGGACAUAGGUCUUGAAUGGUGAAUGAUGCUGCCGUAUGAAUUUGCUGUAAAUAUGGAUAUCAUUGAAAACAGUAUUUCUGUUUUUUUCUGUAUUAUCAGUGAACAUGUAACCAGUGUUGUGCCUGUGUUCAUCUCAAGCUUCAGUGCACCGACUUAUUAGUUUUGACCUAUCUUUAAAGGAAUAAUUAGGUAUUUUGGGAAAUAUGCUUAUUUGCUUUUUGCCCAGAGUUAGAUGUUAGAUGAGAAGAUCGAUACCACUCUCAUGUCUGUCCGGUAAAUAUGAAGCUACAGCCAGCAGCAGUUUAGCGUAGCAUAAAGACUGGAAACAGGAGGAAACAGCCGGCCUGGCUCUGUCCAAAGGUAACAAAAUCAGCUUACCAGCACCUCUUUGUUUGAUCCGUGCAAAAAACAAAGUCUAAAAAUGAUAAUUCGCUGUUUUACAGGGGGUUAUGUGCCGGACUAUUUCUUGUAUGGGAGCAGUAGCCAGGCAAUAAGCGGAGACUCCAGCAAGUUACUGCAAGAAAUAGUCUGACACAUAACCCUCCAUAUAAUGGUGAAUUACCUGUUUCCCCCUUUUUCCGGUCUUUAUGCUAAGCUCAGCUGCUGACUCCAGCUUCAUAUUUACCAGAGAGACAUGAGAAUGGUAUCGAUCUUCUCAUCUAACUCUCAGCAAGAAGGCAAAUAAGCAUAUUUCCCAAAAUGUCAAACAAUUCCAUGUGAUAUUUCACUUUGGCACAUUUUGUGAAUGUUUAGUGGACAUGAAUUGUCAGCCAGCAGUAAGUACUGCUCUCGUACUUUCAACUUUUUAUACCUUGAAAAUAGUAUUUUGUUUUUUUAACCUGAAAGAUUUGUCGUGCCCAUAGCUAUAUUGACACAUUGAACGCAGCUAAUAUCUGUCUAACUAAUAUCAGCUGAGGUGUGUUUGAGGUGUGCAUGCCAAAAAUGAAAAUGCUCCAUCAAAGUGAAAUUUCACCUGAAAUAUUUUUGUUUUCCCACCUGGGUAGCAGAUGUCUCCAGACUUACGUAGGGUCGGACCCCCAUCAUGUCUAAUCCUACCUAAUGAUGAUUCCAACUGAACUGAUAUUCCUAAUGAUUUACCUGUUUGACUGCUAGAGAUGUAAAACCAUGUACGUGAUGAUUUGUAUCAUGGCUGCAAACAGCCAUUAGUAGGAUGUAGACACAAAUUCUAUAACAGUAUUUGCAGUAUGUUCUUUUUUAUUGUUUUGUAAUAAAAUAAUUUAUUUAUUGAAGUAAAACCCUCAGGGAUUUUGUACAGUCAUGUCAUAAUAGCAUAUUAGUUUCCACAAACCUACAGCCUUGGGAAUUUGAGUUUGUCUUAAAGUGUGAUCAACUCAGUUGUGAAACUAGGGUUUUACUGUAACAUCUCUCUAGCAAGUGAAUUUUACAAAUACCAAUACACUGUUGGACAAAACAUAAUCAUUUGAAUUACAAAUACUGCUGUUUUGACAUUCACAGCAAUGCAUGGUAACAUUGGGAAUAUCCUUUCAACUUUUAGUGGGCUUAUAUUAAAUGCCACACAUUCAGUACCUAAACACAGCUGACACAGAGGCCCUUCGCAAAAAAACAAAAUCAGUAAUCAAUAAUCAGUGUAGCACAUGAUAUCUACAGAGGAAUAUAAAAACUGUCUGUACAUUCUCUGGCGAACAGCACCUUUGUGUCUUAGGACAACCUUUAUCCAGAAGAGACUGGGGUUCAAUGGCUUUUUAGGCUGAUCUCUGCAGCCUGGAGAUUCUCUGUAGGUCUGCCAAAAUCGACACAUACAGCAGUAGUAUAGUUCCGACUUGGAUUUCUUGUUAUUCACAACAUUGCCCAAGUGCCAGUUAAACCCAUUAAGUGUUGAAAUCGGGGCAGACCCUGCAUGUUCAUCCUGUGGGAGGGCUUAUUCAGGACUUCCUGGAUGGCCGUGAGGAAGUUGUUGUCUUUAUCCACUCCACUCCCCUCACUUUUAGACACAGCAUGGUGUCGUGAGUGUUGUUUUAUUUUGGAUGACCUUGAAGGUAAACUGUUCUUGCCCCGAGUAGUGGUCUCGCACUCUUAUGACUUUCAGAGGUAAUUUGGCAAAUGUUGCAGCUAUCUCACUUUUUUUGUAACAGGAGUUUCACCUACAAAAGUCUCCAGAGACAUAUCCACAUCCAAGUAGUAAGGGACAGCUUUAGGGACUAUGGGACAGGGAUACUUAAACACAAUGGCAACUCUCCUAAGCCACAGAUACUAGAUUACAAGAACUCACACUAAGCUUUCACUUGUAAAUAUGAGCAGUUCCUUUGUUACAUACAUUUUCUCAGACAUAAUAUACUAAAGUUAUAUUAUGAGCUAAUAUUAUACCUACACCCCAUGCUGGUUAAGUAAGGAUCAGCAUGCAUACUGUCCUUUACACUAUUAAUGAAGUUGACUCUAAACGUCUGAUAACUAUUUUGCACGCUUUUGUGAAAUGUCGCAGUAAACAUCCUCACUUGUGAACUUGCAAAAAUCAUUACCGAGAUCUACUCAUUAUAUCAAGUGCUUUUCGUACAUCAAAGUCAAGAUUAGUAAUAGCAAUGGUGAAAAUAUUGUAAUGGACAGUAAAUCAGGAAUUGGUCUUUAUCAUUGCACCUGAGAGUGGAGAACUUUGAUGACGACAUUCAUGUUCACCUUCCCUUCCUGAGAGGACAAAAGUGAAAUUUGUAUUUUUUAUAGUGUGCAUGCCAUUCCAGACAAUAGCGAGAAGAAAUUAGAAAUACUGUAUUAGUGAAUAGUAUUCAAAAUGACUUUAUUUUUCUUUGUCAUCAUCUUUAUGUUGAUCAAACAUUUAAAUUUGUUUGACUUCUAGAAUGAAAUCUCCAAGUCGUCUGAUCAGACUAAAAUGGGAGAGGCUUUUCAUCAACACUGACAUUCGAUGUGUUGUAUAAAAAAACAAGAUUGAGCCAUCAAAAAAUAGUCCAUAAUACAAAAUCCUACAGGUAAAAAGCAAGAUAAGCGCCCAGCAUAGUCCUGGUGUGUCACUCUAAUCUUUGUGUGUGAAAUUGGAUAUGUUUAAAUCCAUACAGGCCUACACUUGGCUCGGAUGAGAUAAGAACAUGAAUCCUCAGUACUGUGCAACAUUGAGGAAUGAAUGUAGUCAUUUAAAAAUGUAAUAUUUAAGUGCUACAGUGUAAGAGUGAAUUUGAAAAGUCUUAAAAAUCAGUGGAGCUAAGAGAAAAGAGCAAAAACAUACGCACAUGUUCUUUUCCACUGCGUGCUAAAUUAAGAGGACAAACUCAUUAACAGUCCCCACAUAUUUCAGAAAUUUUGAAAAUGCUUUUAUUUUGUUCCCUCUAAAGCGGCAACGUUACUGUACAUUUUGUUACAAAUUCUAUCUGUGUGGACUCUGAUCUGAGGUUACAGAUAUCAAGGGGUCACAUAUUCAAAGUGUAUUGCAUGUCAAAGGUAUGACAUGUUUGUUUAUCCAGAGUACCAGGUUUGUGAGAUAACAAUAGUGUAAGAAUAUAGUGAAUCGAAUGUAAUCAGCCGUAAACAUAUGUGUUCUUCCUUGUUUAUAAAAUAAAGAAUUACAAAGUACUGAA